AUGCAUGCCUUUAAUAUUGAUGAUGGUCGUCCAGUUGAUAGUAUUUUUAAACCAUCUGAACAUUUUACAAUGAUAUUUAAUAUAUUUGUCUUAAUGACUUUAUUUAAUGCAAUAAAUUGUCGAAAAAUUCAUAGAGAAAAAAAUAUUUUUCAUGGAAUAUCUAAAAAUCCAAGUUUUUAUGGUAUAUGGUUUGUUAUAUUCGUUGUGCAAAUUAUUCUUGUUCAAUAUGGUUCAUUCAUAUUUUCUUGUGUUGCAUUAACAUUUAAACAAUGGAUGUGGUGUCUUAUUUUUGGUAUUUCAGUUCUUCUAUGGCAUCAAGUGGUUAAUUUGAUUCCAGUGCCACGUCAUAUGCCGACAUAUAGUGCAGGCGAAAUUUAUGAACCAGCAUUACCUGUUGAGUUAGAUCGAGAAGAACAGUCAAGAUCAGGAGCAAAUCGAACAAAGGACAAAUAUUUUGACUAUCAGGAAUAA